AUGACAAGCUGCACAACAGUGCCUUUGGUAUCCAACAUUGGAGACAGAUCGAUUCCAACGACAGAAGAACUAGUAAAUCAUUGUCUAAAUCAUAAAUUGCUUGGGAAUGAUCAGCUAGUAAUCAGCAGAAUCCCAUCCAACGUUGUAGACACAUUUAGUCCAACUACAGAAGAACUAAAAAAUCAUUGUCUAAAUCAUAAAUUGUGUGGGAAUGAUCAGCUAGUGAUCAGCAUAAUCCCAUCCAACAUUGGAGACACAUUUAGUCCAACUACAGAAGAACUACAAAAUCAUUGUCUAAAUCAUAAAUUGCUUGGGAAUGAUCAGCCAGUGAUCAGCAGAAUCCCAUCCAACAUUGGAGACAGAUUUAGCCCAACUCCAGAACAAUUAGUAAAUCAUUAUCUAAACCAUAAAUUGCUUGGGAAUGAUCAGCUAGUCAGCAGAAUCCGGCAGCUUGAUAUUUACCAGUUUGAUCCCUGGGAUUUACCCGGGAUAGAUUCAAAUGAUGGAGAGACAUAUUUUUUUUCUCCUCUCCAUGCGAAGAAUCCAUACACAAACAAUGGGAAAAUCAAUAGAUCAACAAGGACAGGUUCCUGGAAAGGUAAAGGAAAGGAUAGUAAAAUAAAACACAAUGGCGAAGAGAUUGGUAUAAAGAAAAUUUUUGUUCAUUCUUGUAAUGAGAAUGAGAUCAAGUAUGUGAUGCAUGAGUACAGUGCAAGUUCCAAUUUACCUAACCCGAGAGCUCUGGUUCUGUGUAAAGUAAUGAAGAAGAAAGAUAAGAAGAGUAAAGGAGCAUGUAAGAAGGUUAAAAUGACAGAGGAGAAAGCUGAAGUAUUGCCAUAUAACAUGGAUAUUAGUACUCCAGCAUCUGAUGAUGGCUCUGAUGUUGAGAAAUGGAUUAGAGAUCAGCAGGCUGAAAAUUUAACCUGUGAUGGUGGUGGAACAAACCAUGUUCCAGAGUUUACAAGUCUUGAAGUGAUAGACCAUGAGAUACUACCACAUCUGAUUUCGUUCCCUGGUUAUGAUCAGCAGUAUUAUAGCCUUGACCACUUCACACUAGAUAAGCAGUCACUGAUGCUUACAGAGCAACUCUCCACUAACAAUGGCCCUGCAGGAACUUCCGUGUCUGGACCAGAGGAAGAUCUGUUCCUCGGGCUUGAACCUUUUUAUGCAUAUAAAAUAGUAAAAGAUGACAAGCUCGACAACAGAGUCUUCGGGAUACAUUCAAACGAUCGAGAGAAAUAUUUCUUCUCUCCUCUCCAUGCUAAGAAUCCAUACACCAAUAAUGGGAAAAUCAAUAGGUCAACAAAGACAGGUUCAUGGCAUGCUACGGGAAAGGAUCGUAAGAUAACUUCUGAACACAAUGGCGAAGAGAUUGGUACAUGUAAAAUUUUUGUUCAUUCUUGUAUUCAAGAUGGGAUCAAAUAUGUGAUGCAUGAGUACAGUGCAAGUUCCAUUUUACCUAACUCGAGAGCUCUGGUUCUGUGUAAUGUAAUGAAGAAGAAAGAUAAGAAGAGUAAAGGAGCAUGUAAGAAGGUUAAAAUGACAGAGGAGAGAGCUGAAGUAUUGCCAUAUAACAUGGAUAUUAGUACUCCAGCAUCUGAUGAUGGUUCUGAUGUUGAGAAAUGGAUUAGAGAUCAGCAGGCUGAAAAUUUAACCUGUGAUGGUGGUGGAACAAACCAUGUUCCAGAGUUUACAAGUCUUGAAGUGAUAGACCAUGAGAUACUACCACAUCUGAUUUCGUUCCCUGGUUAUGAUCAGCAGUAUUAUAGCCUUGACCACUGCACACUAGAUAAGCAGUCACUGAUGCUUACAGAGCAACUCUCCACUAACAAUGGCCCUGCAGGAACUUCCGUGUUUGGACCAGAGGAAGAUCUGUUCUUCGGGCUUGAACCUUUGUAG